AUGGUCAGGAGCAAGGGCAAAACGCCCCAGCGGCCGGAGGGACCCGGGAGGCCGACCUCCCGGGAGCAGGAAUCCGGGUCGGCCAGCGCCGACAGCGCGCCCAGCCGGGAGCGCCGACAGGGCCGCGGUAAAGCCCACGGGGCGAGACCACGCUUGGAGCCCUGCACCGCGGGGGGCCAGGAGACCCCCGGUGGCCGCAGGAAGCCCACCGUAGAGGAGAACGGCGACUGCAGACGGCCAGAGGCUGGGCCGCCACCGGAGGCUGCGGGGAGACGAGGCAGCGCUUGGCGUCGGGGAUGCGGGCCUAAGGAGAACCACAAGCCUGGGGACGGCCGUGGAGGGCGCCUGGAGGAGAAGAGUCUCCUCGGAGGAGGAAGGACACGCGGGCGCGACCGCCGCAGGAGAAGAGGAAAAGGGCGGGGACGCUCGGUUCAGCGGGGCCGCCAAGAGACCCGCAACCUCAAUGGGGACACGUCGGAUGGAGACGGGGCCAGCUCCUGCCCGGACAGCGAAGCCCGCGAGGCCCUGGAGAGCGGCAGCCAGAGCGGUGGGGCCCCAGAGCGGCGGCCCAACUCGGAGCAAACGGACAUGGGCUCGGGAAACACCCAAACCGGUCCGGAGUCAGCGCUGGAGGCGCCGAGAGAACGCCCGAGCAGCGACGGCCUGGGCAGCGACGGCAGAGGCGGUGACAAGCCCCCCGCCGGGCCCCGGAGCCCGGAAGGAUCGUCGGGGGCGAGGCCCCAGGGAGAGACCGAGGAUUCCGAGACGGACACAGACUUGACCCUGGAGGGAGCCGGGCCUGGACGGAGCCUACGGGCAGCCCCAGGAACGACAAGCGGGUCCACUGAGGCCGAAGAGGCUGACCCGGCCAGUAAAGCCGCGGCCUCCAGUCCCCUCGAGGGCAGCCGCGCGUGCGUUCCCCGGAGCUCGCGGGCUUCUCGAGACCCCAGGCCGGCCCGGGACGCGAGAAACAGUGGGGUGCAGCCCGAGGCUGAGCCGAGGGGCCCCGAGGCCGUUAGAGCCGAGGCCUCGACCGCCCGGGGUCAGCGUACCCAGGUCGGAGAGGGGGUGGGGAAGGUGCAAGAGGAGGAGGGCGUGAGCGAAGCGGGGGCUGGAGGAGAAGGGUCCAGGGACCCAGCGCCGCUGGUCGCCCUGGUGGCGCUCGGCAGGCUUCGCGCGAGGCCCCCGCCAGGGCCCGCUCCCCAGGCCGCGGGUCCCUGCCGCUCGGGCCUCAAGGACCGGCUCCUGCGGGUGGCACGGGGCCUGGGCCUCCUGCGGUGGCUGCGGCUCCGGCCGCGGGCGGGCGAGGCGCGGGCGGCGGGCGAGGCGCGGGGCCGCGGGUCGGGGCUGAGCCGCGGUCUAGUGCUGAGCCUGGCGGGCGUAGAGGGGCUGGGCGGGCGACCGAGGGCUCCCCCUGGUGGCGGCUCGAGUUUCCCGCAGGUUGCGGAAAGGCCAGCCCCCGACGACCCUUCUGAGGACGCGGACCCGACUCCAGAUCCCAAGUUUGCGGUCAUAUUCCCCAGGAUCCACAGGGCAGGGAGGACCUCGAGCAGCCAGAGCUCAGAGGAAGGGUCCGCGGACGCCCCCGCUGGGGAGGGGCACUUUUCGUCUUGUGCGGGGGCUUCAGGGGACAGUGAGGGACGCAGGGCGAGUGGAGAAGGGGUGGCCGGGCGCCGCCACGGCUCUCUCGGCCCGACUCCCUCCGACGAGCCCCCACUCGAGAGAGGCUCCAGCAGCGAAGCAGAGCCGGAGACCUUGGGAGCCGAGGCUCCGGUGCACUGGGCGCAGGGCGAGGACCCCCGCGAGGACCCUGGGUUUGGCACCGAAGCACUGCUGCCCCGACUCAUCUUGGAGACCCGCCUGCGGCGGGAGAGGAGCCCGAGCCCCUGCAGGUUCCUGAGGGAUCGAUGGGAGCCGGAGGAUGAGACCGAGGAGGCGCUGGAGAAGGACCUGGAGCUGAGCCUCGGGCCGGGCCUGGAGGCGCCGCCCUUUCCCGGCGCCGAGGACAGGAGCCUCGGGGAAGGCCUGGAAGACACCGAGGACCUGGCCCGGCUGCGGCCGGUGUGCGACAGCUCCGUGCUGCUGUGUCUCAAGAAGAGGUUUUACCUGGGCCGAAUCUAUACCUUUGGGGGGCCCCUCCUGCUCGCUCUGAACCCCCGCCGGCCCCUGCCUCUCUUCUCACCUGAGGUCCUGGCCAGCUACCACCCUAGGAAGACCCCUAACACCACCCCACACAUCUUUGCCAUCGUGGCAGCAGCCUAUAGCCUGUCUCAGAGCACCGGGCAGGGCACCUGCAUCCUCCUGGGGUGAACCCUGCCAGCCUCUCCCUCCUGCAGUGGGCACAGCGGCUCUGGGAAGACAGAAGCUUCCAGAAAGAUUGUGCAGUUCCUAAGCAGCCUGGAGCAGGGGCAGACAAGGGACAGAGGAUGUCGGCUGGACGACGUGCUGCCCAUGCUCCGCAGCUUUGGCCAUGCCAAGACAGUCCUCAACUCCAACGCCAGCCGCUUUGGCCAGGUCUUAGGCCUCUGCCUGCAGCAAGGGGUCAUCCUGGGAGCCUCUGUGUCACAUUACCUGCUUGAGACCUCGAGGGUGGUGUUUCAGGGCCGGGCCUGCAGGCUCCGGGGCAAGGAGGACGCCCAGGACUUCACAGGACUGGUGAAGGCCCUGCAGGUGCUGGGCUUGGGCACCGAGGAGCUGACUGCCGUCUGGGCUGUGCUGGCUUCUGUCCUGCAGCUGGGCAACAUCUGCUUCUCCUCCUCAGAGAGGGAGUCACAGGAGGUGGCUGCCGUGUCCAGCUGGGCUGAGAUCCACACAGCAGCCCGGUUGCUGCGGGUGCCGCCCGAGCGCCUGGAGGGGGCUGUCACCAGGAGGGUCAUGGAGACGCCCUAUGGCCGGGUCUCGAGAUCCCUGCCCGUGGAAAGUGCCAUCAGCGCCAGGGACGCCCUGGCCAAGGCCCUGUACUCGCGGCUCUUCACCUGGCUUCUGAAGAGAACCAAUGUGCGGCUGGCACCCCCCGGGGAGGGAGGCAGCGUGGUCACUGUCACUGUCAUCGACGUCUACGGCUUUGAGGCGCUGCGGGUCAACGGCCUGGAGCAGCUGUGCAACAACCUCGCCAGCGAGCGCCUGCAGCUCUUCUCCAGCCAGAUGCUUCUGGCCCAGGAGGAGGAGGAGUGUCGGAGGGAGUUGUUGCCCUGGGUGCCCAUCCCCCAGCCUCCGCAGGAGUCCUGCCUGGAUCUCCUGGUGGACCAGCCCCACAGCCUCCUGAGUAUCCUGGAUGCCCAGACAUGGCUGUCCCAGGCCACGGACCACACCUUCCUGCAGAAGUGCCACUACCACCACGGCGACCACCCGCACUACACCAAGCCCCAGCUGCCCCUUCCCAUCUUCACCGUGCGGCAUUACGCUGGGACCGUCACCUACCAGGUUCACAAGUUUUUAAACAGAAACCAGGAUCAUCUUGACCCUGCUGUGGUGGAAAUGCUUGCCCAGAGCCAGCUCCAGCUGGUGGGUAGCCUGUUCCAGGAAGCAGAGCCCGAGUCUGGGGAUGGACCAGGCAAACCCACGCUGACCUCUCGCUUCCAGCAUUCCCUGGGGGACCUCCUAGCCCGGCUGGGCAGGAGCCAUGUCUAUUUCAUCCAGUGCCUCAACCCCAACCCGGGAAAGCUUCCAGGCCUCUUUGAUGUGGGUCACGUGGCAGAGCAACUGCGCCAGGCGGGCAUCCUGGAGGCCGUGUGUACCCGCAGUGCCAACUUCCCCGUUCGCGUGCCUUUCCAGGCCUUCCUGGCCAGGUUCCGGGCCCUGGGGACAGAGGGACAGGAAGAGCUCUCUGACCGGGAAAGAUGUGGCACCAUCCUGAACCAGGUGUUUGGGGCUGAGUCGCCCCUCUGUCACCUGGGAGCCACCCAGGUGCUACUGCGGGAGCUGGGCUGGCAGCAGCUGGAGCGGCACCGGGCCCAGCAGCGCGCCCAGGCCCUGCUCACCCUGCACCGAGGCCUCUGCGCCAGCCUCUCCUGUCAACGCCUUCGCCUCCUACCACGGAUUCGCGUGCGUGGGCUCCAGGCCAGGAAGUGGUACCUCCGGCGGCGGGCAGCUCUGGGGCAGCUGAACACCAUCCUGCUGGCGGGCCGGCGCCUGCUCUGGAGACAGCGGAGAGGGCAGUGUCCACCCUCCAAGUGCAGCCGCAUGAGGACCGAGGCCUCGGAGACCAUUGCUGGUGGAGCUCCUUCCGUCCCCCUCUGCCUGGCCAGGGAGCUGGGGCACUUGGAGAUCCCGGCUGAGCUGGCUGUCAUGCUGAAGACAGCGGAAGGCCAUCGGCACACCCUGGCUGAGAGCAUCACCGAGGCCAUGCCCCCGGAAGUUCCCGCACGGCCCAGCCUGACCCUCCCACCCGACAUCGACCAAUUCCCCUUCUCCAGCUUCAUCUCCAUCGGCUUUCAGGAGCCAUCCCUGCCCAGACCUGGGCAGCUGCUGACCAAACCCCUGACCCGGCUGGACAGUGACAACCCUCAGCAUGCCCUGGAUAUCAACAAGGUGAUGCUGCGGUUCCUGGGGGACGCAUCCUUGGAGCCCUGGCAGGAGCAGACCAUGGGCCAGUACCUGGUGCGGCAGGGGCAGCGCCGGCCGGGGCUGCGCAACGAGAUCUUCAGUCAGCUCGCAGCCCAGCUCUGGCACCAGCCGGACGAGCAGCAGAGGCAGCGCGGCUGGGCCCUCCUGGCUGUUCUGCUCAGCGCCUUCCCCCCAGUGUCCACCCUGCAGAAGCCGCUGCUCAAAUUCGUGUCCGACCAGGCUCCCGGGGGCAUGGCAGCACUGUGCCAGCACAGGCUGCUGGGAGCCCUGCAGCAGACGCAGCGGGCCCCUGGGUCCGAGCGGGCCCACCCACCCACCCAGCUCGAGUGGACGGCCGGAUGGAGGCAGGGCCGCAUGGUGCUGGAUGUCUUCACCUUCACCGAGGAGUGCUUCUCGGCCGAGGUGGAGUCCUGGACCACAGGGGAGCAACUUGCCGGGCGGAUUCUGCAGAGCAGAGGCCUGGAUCCGCCCCCGCGUGGCUGGUCUGUGUCACUGCACUCUAAGGACUCCUGGCAGGACUUGGCUGGCUGCGACUUCGUGUUGGACCUGAUUGGCCAGACCGAGGAUCUGGGGGACCCGGCCGGUCCCCACAGCUACCCAAUCGCCCACCGUGGCUUAGCCGAGGACAUCCCCCCGGCCCCUGGCAUCCAGGCCCCCUCACUGCCCCCAGGUCCCCCUCCAGGCCCAGCCCCAACUCUGCCCAGCAGGGGUCACACAGGUGAGUCCCGGACCUCAGGGAGUCUGGAUGGCUUCCUGGACCACCUCUUCUCCCCGUGCCUCAGCGUGAGUGAUCUGGAGCAAGGCAGGGCUCUGAGUGGCCGCAUGAAGGGAGGGGGCGCCAUGGGGCCCAUGCAGCAAGGCAGCUAUCCCGUGGUGUACUCAGGGAUGAUGCAGAUGCCCGGAUACCAGCCAGCCAUGAUGCCUGCACCCGUGCCCAUGAUGCCAGCAAUGGGGGCGGUCCCCGCCAUGCCAGCCGUUGUGGUGCCGCCACAGCCGCAGCCGCAGCCACAGCCACAGCCCCUGCUUCCCAGCGUGGACGCGAGGCAGCUGGCAGUCCAGCAGCAGAACUUCAUCAACCAGCAGGCGCUGAUCCUGGCCCAGCAGAUGACCACCCAGGCCAUGACCUUGUCCCUUGAGCAGCAGGCAAAGCAGCGCCAGAGCCAGCCCCUGGAGCAUCAUGCCCAGGCCCAGGCCCCUGGAGCUGCCUCCCUGACUCCACCCCCAGCCAUCACCUCCAAGCCCAAGAAGACACCCACCCCCCAGAAGGAGCCAGAGCAUGACCUGGAACUGGUAGGUGCCUGCCUGAAGGAGACCUCACAGGAGGCUGAAAACAGGCCCCGGCGGCCCAAGAGCUUCCAGCAGAAACGGGACUAUUUCCAGAAGUUGGGGCAGCAGCAGAUCAAGGUGGAGGCGAUGAGGCCUCCGGCCAAGGUGAAGAUCCCCCAGGGGGAAGAGCAGGAGGAGGAGCCGGAAGAAGAGGAACCGAGAGCAGUGCCGUCACCUCCUCCUCCCCCAGUAGAGAAAAAGCCACUGACACGAGAUGGGGCCAAAGCUGCACAGGAGGCUGAGGCUGAGCCAGACACAGAGGCGGGGCCUGGCGGUGGUCGCCGGCCGGCAGAGGGCAGAGCCGUGGUGCGUAGCUCGGACCCUAAGCCCCGGCGGGCAGAGCCCAGCAGGGAGAUCCGCAACAUCAUCCGCGUAUACCAGAGCCGCCCAGGCCCCGUGCCCGUGCCCGUGCAGCCGCCCAGGAAGCCCCCCCAGAUCUUCCUGAAGAAAAACAACCCUAAGGAUGAGGCUCUGGCUAAGCUGGGGAUCAGUGGUGCCUCCUCGCUGCCCUCGACGCUGUCCCCCAGCCCAGGGAAGGGCCCCCCACCAGCUGUGGCCCCUCGACCCGAGGGCCAGCCACGGCGUGUGCCCUCCAACUCCAUCAAGGAGAAGCAGGGGCCCCUUCAAGAGCUGUUUGGCCAGAACCCACCCACUGCCCAGAGUCCCCCGCCUCCGCCAGCACCUCCACUGCCUCCACCCUUGGACCCAGCGACCCCUCCAGCUGAGCCGCACAGCUUUGUGGAGACCAUGGGGGACCAGGGGAUCUCCACCCAGCUGCUCGUGCCCUCGGGCAGCGUCUGCUUCUCCUACGCCAGCGCCCCCUGGAGGUUGUUCCUGCGCAAGGAGGUGUUCUACCCCCGGGAGAACUUCAGCCACCCCUACUGCCUCAGGCUCCUCUGUGAGCAGAUCCUGAGGGACACCUUUGCGGAGUCCUGCAUCCGGAUCUCCCAGGACGAGAGGCACAGGAUGAAAGACCUGCUACGAGACCUGGAGGUGGGCCUGGACUCCCUGGACACAGCUGAGGACAGUGUCAAGAAGCGCAUCGUGGUGGCCGCCAGGGACAACUGGGCCAAUUACUUCUCCCGCAUCUUCCCCGUCUCGGGCGAGGGUGGCAGCGACGUGCAGCUGCUGGCCGUGUCCCACCGGGGGCUGAGACUGCUCAAGGUGACCCAAGGCCCCAGCUUCCACCCCGACCAGCUGAAGACUCUCCGCUCGUACAGCUUUGCUGAGGUACUGGGCGUGGAGUGCCUGGCUGGCUCCACCCUGGAGCUGUCCCUGAAGAGUGAACGGCUGCUGCUGCACACAGUCCGGGCGGGAGCCGUCAAGGCCAUGGUUGAGCUGCUCCUGAGCGAGCUCAGAAAGGACUCCGGCUACGUCAUUGCCCUGCGAAGCUACCUCACUGACGACCACAGCCUCCUCAGCUUCCAACGGGGGGACCUCAUCAAGCUGUUGCCGGUGGCCGCUCUGGAGCCAGGCUGGCAGUUUGGCUCCACCGGGGGCCGAUCCGGACUCUUUCCUGCUGACGUAGUGCAGCCGGCUGCUGCUCCGGACUUUUCCUUCUCGAUGGAGCAGAGGAAUGGCCGGCACAAGAGUCAGCUGCGGCACGGAGAGUGGGAUAAGGCGUCGGAGUUCCCCACCCACCCCUGGAGCCAGGCACACAGUGACAACUUGGCCACCAGCCCGUCCCCGUCUGUGGCCUGCGUCACCCUGCCCACGGACUCCGACUACACCAUGCAGGAAUUUGCCCUGCGCUACUUCCGGAAGCCCCAGACUCUGCUGGGCCAGACAAGUGAAGAUGCCAAGAGGAAGGCCAUGGCCAGCCUGGUGCAGUACAGCAAGGCUCCCAUCCAGGCAUCACUCAUCAGCAUCAGUGACGAGGACGUGAACAGGCGGGCCGUGGGAAGCUUCCAGGCUCUGAUGCAGUUUAUGGGGGACCAGUCCAAGCCCCGGGGCAAGAACGACCUGGAUCUCCUCUACGGGCUGCUGAAGCUGUGCCAGGAGGAGAACCUCAGGGAUGAGAUUUACUGCCAGGCCAUCAAGCAGAUCACAGGACACCCCCGGCCGAGACUCUGCGCUCGAGGGUGGACUUUCCUCAGCCUCCUCACAGGCUACUUUCCCCCAUCAACCUCGCUGAUGCCCUACGUGACCAAGUUUCUGCAGCAUUCAGCCCUGAGCCAAGAGCUGGCCCGGCGCUGCCAGGGGCACCUCCAGCACACAGUCAAGUACGGGGGGCGCCGGCAGCUGCCCUCCCCAGGCGAAAUGCAGGCUUUCCUGAAAGGACAAGUAGUCCACCUGCUCCUAAUUCACCUGCCCGGGGGUGUGGAGUACAAGACCAACACCCACACUUUCACGGUGGCAGCAGAAGUACUGGAGGAGAUGUGUGGGCAGAUGGGCAUCACGGACCCCCAUGAAGUGCAGGAAUUUGCCCUCUUCCUCAUCAAAGGGGAAGGCCAGCUGGUGCGGCCCCUGUGGCCCCGGGAGUACCUCAACAGCGAGGUGGUGGGUCUGGACGUGAGCCUGCACAGCCGGCGGCUCGGCUGGGAGACCCCGCUGCACUUCGAUAAUCCCACCUACGUCAGCACCCACUACGGCCAGGUGCUGCGGGACUACCUGCAGGGGAAGCUGCUAGUCAGCGCCCAGGAAGAUGCCCGACUUGCCAGGCUGGCUGCCUUGCAGCACCUCAGCAGGAACCACGAGGAGCCCCCCUCAGAGCAAGACCUACUGGCUUACUUGCCAAAGCGGCUGCAAUGUCAGAUGAACGUGGCCGCUGUGAAGAGCCUGAUGGGCCAGGAGCUGCGGCAGUUGCAAGGAUGCAGCUCUCAGGAAGCGCAGAUCAGCUUCAUAGAGGCCGUGAGUGAGCUGCCCCUCUUUGGCUACACUGUCUACAUGGUGCUGAGAGUGAGCAAGCCGGCCCUGCCCAGCCCUGGCCUGCUGGGGCUGAACCACCAGCACCUCAUCCUCAUGGACCCCAGCUCUCAGGACCUGUGCUGCUCCAUCGCCCUGAGGGACCUGCAGCAGCUCCGCGUGCUGAGCCCACUGGGGCCUGAGGACUCCCCUGGCCUGGAACUCAACUAUGGCUCGGCUGACAACCCCCAGACCAUCUGGUUUGAGCUGCCGCAGGCCCAGGAGCUGAAGCACACCAUCACCUUCCUGCUGGACCGCAACUCUCCUUCCACUUAGUGGCCGGGCUUCACCCAAGAGGAGUGGGGGAGGGGCAGAGACGAGGACAGGAAGCCUCUCUGGCCAAGUCUCACCCGGACAGUCUCCUUUGGGUGCUGUCAGGCCAGUCUGGCCUGGACUUCACCGCUUGGUUCUGGAACCUGCUGCAGCACAGCCCAGCUGGCCCACGGGGAGGGGCUGCUAUAGUGACUUCAACUGGGAAAGAGUCAUGAGACUCCCUCUGGGGUGGGCCUGGGCCUGAGCCUGGGGUGGGCACUGCAGGAACUUGGCUUGGGCGUCCGAUGUUG